AUGCGUUGUGACUGUUUUGCGCUCGUCAUUGGUGUCGUCGCUGCCACGGAUGAUCCGUGUUCUCAGAUGUGCACUUACAUCAGCGGCUGUGAUAAUUCUAAAUUUGGAUCAUACUGUAAGGCAUGGCUAACUAGUCCAGUGUGCUUCGGUUUGGCAAAGAAGUCUGAUGGAUCAAUUUGCUUCGAGCCAACUGACGCUGACUGCCACGGUGAGCCUAUUGCUUGUGGUGCAAUGAUUACCACUGAGGUUCCUACCACUGAGGUUCCUCCCACUGAGGUUCCUACCACUGAGGUUCCUACCACUGAGGUUCCUACCACUGAGGUUCCUACCACCGAGGUUCCUACCACUGAGGUUCCUAUCACUGAGGUCACUACUACUGAGGUCCCUACUACUGAGGUCACUACUACUGAGGUCCCUACUGCUGAGGUCCCUACUAGUGAGGUCCCUACUAGUGAGGUUCCUACUACUGAGGUUCCUACUACUGAGGUCUCUACUACUGAGGUCCCUACUACUGAGGUCCCUACUACUGAGGUCCCUACUACUGAGGUUCCUACUACUGAUGUCCCUACUACUGAGGUCCCUACUACUGAUGUCCCUACUACUGAUGUCCCUACUACUGAUGUCCCUACUACUGAUGUCCCUACUACCGAGGUUCCUACUACCGAGGUUCCUACUACCGAGGUUCCUAUUACCGAGGUUCCUAUUACUGAGGUUCCUACUACUGAGGUCCCUACUACUGAGGUUCCUACUACUGAGGUUCCUACUACUGAGGUUCCUACUACUGAGGUUCCUACUACUGAGGUUCCUACUACCGAGGUUCCUACUACUGAGGUUUCUACUACUGAAACUGCAACUACAGAGAUUAUCGCAACCACGAGUACAACUAGCAGUGUAUCUGAGGGUUUCCGAGGCAAUUACUGUGGUAAAGUCUAUGGAGAGAGUUUCAGCGUCGACUUUGACGAAAAUGGACGCGCUACUGUCAGCGUCCUAGGGCAAAGCGCGGGCGCUGAUUAUGAAGUUGCGGGUAAUGAUAUCGUCUUCUCCAACUACGAUUCUAUGCUGCAACAGUUGAUGGAUAUGUUUCAUAUUAAAAGUAUCAGAGGCACUAUCAUCAGUUCUACUGAGAUCCAUAUCAAAGCAGGUUUCCUCAUCGAUACAACUCUUACUAGCUGUUAA